AUGUCUGACCAGGAGGCAAAACCUUCAACUGAGGACAUGGGGGAUAAGAAGGAAGGAGAAUAUAUUAAACUCAAAGUCAUCGGACAGGAUAGCAGUGAGAUUCACUUCAAAGUGAAAAUGACGACACAUCUCAAGAAACUCAAAGAAUCAUACUGUCAAAGACAGGGAGUUCCCAUGAAUCCACUCAGGUUUCUCUUUGAAGGUCAGAGAAUUGAUGAUCAUCACACUCCAAAAGAACUGGGAAUGGAGGAAGAAGAUGUGAUUGAAGUUUAUCAGGAACAAACAGGGGGUCAUUCAACGGUUUAGAUAUUCUUUUUAUUUUUUUUUCUUUUCCCUUAAUCCUUUUUUAUUUUUAAAAAUAGUUCUUUUGUAAUGUG